GUUAUAGUGAAAUAGUGCGCAAUUUUAAGUUGUUUUGAAUUGAAAGUGUUUAUGUUUGGCUUGCUAAUCAGAAACAUGAAGCGCGCAAGGUCAACCAAAGCUGGAGCUAAAUCUAGACCAGUGAAAAAAUCUGAAAGCGAGAGCAGCGUAGAUGAGCCCGCGCCAAAAGCAACAAAAAAUAUAAAAGUAAAAGAAGAAAAGGCUGCCAUUAACUACAGCAACUUUGAAGAAUUUCUUAAUCAUUUGCAAGAGCGUCGCGUAGACGCAGCUGCAGAUGUACAUGAGUUUGCUUUUAAAAAGCAACGCGUGCGUUUGCUCAGCGCCAUAAGUGAUGUCAAGGAGAAUUGUCCAGGCGGCGUGGUUUAUUGGAUGUCACGUGAUGCACGCGUGCAGGAUAAUUGGGCGCUGUUAUUUGCACAACGCUUGGCAAUUAAACUAGAGCUGCCUUUAACAGUGGUGUUUUGUCUGGUGCCUAAGUUUUUAAAUGCUACCUUGCGACAUUAUAAAUUUCUGCUAGGCGGACUGCAGGAGGUGGAGCAGGAGUGUAAAGAGUUGAAUAUUGGAUUCGAGCUGCUGCUAGGAUCAGCUGUUGACCGUUUGCCAGAGCUGGUAAAGAAGAACGAUAUAGGCGCAGUUAUAUGUGACUUUGCGCCUCUGCGUUUGCCUAGGCAAUGGGUAGAGCAGGUGGCUGAGGCGCUGCCCAGUCAGGUGCCGUUAACGCAAGUGGAUGCACACAACAUAGUGCCGCUGUGGGUGACAUCGGAGAAGCAGGAGUAUGCGGCUCGCACUAUACGCAACAAAAUCAACUCGAAGCUAUGCGAUUAUCUGACCGAAUUUCCACCGGUAAUUAGCCAUCCACAUAAGCUAGCUAAGCCUAGCAAGGCUGUAGAUUGGAUUGCAGCUGAAGCUAUGCUUACGUGCGAUCGCAGCGUGGAUGCUGUGGACUGGGCCAAACCAGGUUAUACUGCUGCCUGUCGUCAGCUUUAUGAGUUCUGCACGCGACGCUUGCGCCAUUUUAAUGACAAGCGCAAUGAUCCCUCGGCAAAUGCGCUAUCAGGACUCUCGCCUUGGCUGCACUUUGGACACAUUUCAGCACAGCGUUGCAUAUUGGAGGUGCAGCGCUAUAGCGCUCAGCAUAAGGCUUCAGCUGAUGCUUUCUGUGAGGAGGCAAUUGUGCGUCGCGAGCUGGCAGAUAAUUUUUGCUAUUACAAUGAACACUACGAUAGCUUGAAGGGUCUGUAUGACUGGGCUUAUCAGACGCUACAAGCGCAUCGUCAGGACAAGCGAAGCCCAUGUUAUACCUUGGCACAGUUAGAACAAUCUCACACCGCUGACGAUCUAUGGAACUCGGCGCAGCUGCAGCUUGUGCAGGAGGGCAAAAUGCAUGGCUUUUUACGCAUGUAUUGGGCCAAGAAAAUUCUUGAGUGGACUGAGACUCCUGAGCUGGCUUUGGAGUAUGCUAUAUUGCUUAAUGAUAAAUAUAGUCUCGAUGGUCGUGAUCCUAAUGGUUAUGUGGGCUGCAUGUGGUCCAUCGGCGGCAUACAUGAUCAAGGUUGGAAAGAGCGUGCCAUCUUUGGUAAGAUUCGCUAUAUGAACUAUCAAGGCUGCAAGCGCAAGUUUGAUGUGAAUGCCUUUGUUAUGCGUUACGGCGGCAAGGUCUACAAAAAUUAACUAAACCACAUAAUUAAAAAGACAGUUUGAAUAAAGUAUUAUGUUUUUAUUUU